GAUAUUUGGUGCAGUUUGGUCAUAUCGCAAGGGGAGUUGCCAUGACAAUACAAUUGAUUGUCCUUCAGAAUGACAUAUUCCAUACUCAAGGAACGAUGACGUUAAGCAAGAAACGGACGUGCUUUUUCUGUUUAAAUCUAAAAUGUAUUUUCACUAAGGUUGCUGUCUUCGUUUGAGAAUGGAAAUAACUUGUAGAGGCCUGGAAAUAGUCCCUGCAUGGAAAUGUAUGAAAAAUCCCAGAACACACCAGGGCCCAAGAGACAAGUGGUUUCCAUGGAACCUCUGUUAUAUAGACUGACAUUAUGAUUUGGGGAAUAGGUCUGUUCUGGGAGUCCCUUGGUGUAAAUUCUGCACUACAUCAGCCUUGGAGGAAAGAGCAGAUCGGCCCCUCCGGUGGCUGGGGGCGCUUUUGGGCCCCAUCAGACCCAUCAGGCUCAGCACCAUCAUCCCCUCGGCCUGCCGUAGACCUGCAGAGGGACCCUGUAGAGACAGACAUCCGCAUGGAAAAGCCCCGAUCUCAAUAAGCCUGGAUGAGCUAGUGCAGAUGAUGGUGGUGGGGGUAGCUCCACUCACAGCAGCUUCAGGGCUACCGCCCCCCCCCCUCCCCUCCCUCCAUGUCAGUCUGCCCUCUUGUCAUCAAAUUUCAAAGACACCUCAGACUCAGAGGCCACGGCCCAGUUCUUCACCGGUCUGGGAUGAGGAGCGGAGGCCUGUGCCAACUGACCACCUAGAGACUCAGCCCCUGAUGUGCCGCUGCUCUGCCCCCCCCCCAGGACCCCUGCCAACAGCAGCUGAUGGCAUGAUGCCUCUCGACCCAAAACAGAAGCUGGACAGCAAGGAGGAGAGUGCUGGCCUGGAGCCCCAGAAGGCAAAGGACGGUUACCUCUCCAGGUGUCCGUCACGGCCACCCACCCCCUCAGCGCUGUCCCCCAGCCCCGCCAGCCUAUCCUCGUACCACGGCGACGACAGCGACAGCAUCAGCAGUCCUGCCUGGCCCCGCACUCCCUCCAGCCCCCAGAAGCCCAACUCCUCCUCCACGCUGAGCGGUGAGAAGAUCACCAAGCUCUACCAGAUGGGUGUGGAGCCGGAGCGCCAGGCGUGGGUGGAGCGCUACCUGGCCUUCAUGGAGGAUCGCGGCACGCCGGUCACUAGCCUGCCCAGCGUGGGCAGGAAGCCGCUGGACCUGUGCCGCCUCUACAUGUGUGUGAAGGAGAUCGGUGGCCUCGCCACGGUGAAUAAAACCAAGAAGUGGCGGGAGUUGUCUUCCCACCUGAACAUGGGCGCCUCCAACAGCGCGGCCAGCUCCCUGAAGAAGCACUACAUUCACUACCUGUUCGCCUUUGAGUGCCAAGUGGAGCGUGGGGAGGAGCCCCCGCCCGAGAUCUUCGCCACGACCGACUCCAAGAAGCAGCAGACGCCCAAGAUUCAGCCGCCAUCUCCAGCUAACUCUGGCUCCCUGCAGGGCCCCCACACACCACAGUCCACAGGCAGCAGCUCAAUGACGGAGGCGGGGGGUGACUUGAAGCCGCCCACACCAGCCCCACCCACACCUGCUCCUCACACGCAGAUGAUCCCGCAGCAGGGUAGCAGGAACAGCAGCACUGUCAGUGUGCAGGACCCCUUCGCAGAGGUCAAUGACCCCGUCUUCCAGAAAUGCACUCCUAUGAACCCUGGGGCACCUUACCACCCCCAGGGGGGCAACAUGCCAGAGGCUGUGAUGAGGAUACAGUAUGAGGCCAACAAGGACCCCUUUGGUGCUGCAAGGAAGGGGAUGGCCCCAAACGAGCACUUUGGGGAAGGCCAUAUGGCCGGCAGCGGCAUGCAGGAAGCAUAUGGCCGGGGGCCACCUCCGGGGGCCAUGCCUGUCCCGGGCGUGGGCCAGCGCCCCCAGUACCCUUACGGCCCCGGCUAUGACAGGAGACCGGACAAUGUGAUGGGACCAGAGGGGGGCAUAGUUCCCCACCAAAGUCAGAACAACAUGGCACCCUCUGCUAAUGACUCGGGACUGUAUUCUCCAAACAGAUACCCCUCCCAGCUGAGGCACGAGGGCUACGGACAGCAGUAUUCCCACGGCAUGCCAUAUGGAGCCCAUCAGCCCGGAAUGUUCCCCCAGCAGCAGGGCUACAAACGGCCAAUGGAGGGGAUGUACGGCCCCCCUGCGAAGCGCCAUGAGGGGGACGUGUAUGGUGGGCCCUAUGGAGGGCAGCAGCCAGAUCCAUAUGGCCCCUACGGCAGCUAUUCGGGCCCUGAACGCCGGCCCAUGCAGAACCCCUUCCCAUACGGUUAUGGACGGGAACGCAUGCCCCCCUCAGGUCCAGUGCCCCCACAUGCAAUGGGCUCUGGUGAGGGGCCCCAGCCCAGGAUGUGGCCCUCCAGGACAGAUGUGAACUACCCCUAUCCAACUAGGCACGGUCAGGGAGCGACCUACCCUUUGGGCCGCGGGGACGACGGUGAAGGCCUGCCAGGCCAGGACAGCUCGUGGCCCAGUGCCACUGGGCAGCGCCAGCCGUCUUUUCACCCCUCGGCCACCUCCCCCUCUUCCUCCUCUGGACCGAUGCCCCAUAUGACCACUAGGCCGCCGCCACCCUCGUCAUACCAGACACCCCCCGCCAUGGCUGCCAGCCAUGUUCCCCGGGACCCCAGUCCCGCCCCUUUCCAGCGCUCUAUGGAGGUGCAUCCAUCUCCCAGCAAGGGCCACUUUAUGGCUUCUGUAAAACCGCCAAAGCCAGGCAUGCCUGUCCCCAUGCCGGGGCCCGCCCCAGCUCCCGGGAUGCCUGGCCAGGCUCCUCCUCCGGUCCUCCAGCGAGAGGUCAGCUACCCCGCCAGUUCGGUGGAGGGCACACAGGCACUGCUGAAGCCACGUCGUAAGCUGACCUCCAAAGACACCGGAACCCCAGAGGCCUGGCGUGUGAUGAUGUCCCUCAAGUCAGGCCUGCUGGCAGAGAGCACCUGGGCCCUAGACACCAUCAAUAUCCUGCUUUAUGAUGAUAGCACUGUGGCCUCCUUCACCCUCUCACAGUUGCCUGGAUUUCUGGAACUAAUCGUGGAAUACUUCAGAAGGUGCCUGAUAGAGAUGUUUGGGAUUCUGAAGGAGUAUGAAGUGGGAACACCUGGACAGAAGAUACUUCUAGGACCUACGCCAAGUCAGAAGGAGGAGGAUCCUGCCCACCCGGAAGAAAUGGAUAAAUCUGAGGCAGAACUGGGAGAGGAGGAUGGAUGGGCAGCAAAUGAUGAGGCACUUCUCAAUACCACUGAGGAGGCAGUGUCAGACAACAUCAGGGAGGAGCCUCCAGAUGAGCCACAUUUAAAGGGGAUGGAUGAGGAAGAGCAUGAGGAGAAGAGCAAGGACCUCUCAGAGGCAAUAUGUCCCCUGGAGCCCCGGCCAAAACAGGCUAGCAGGUAUGACAAAUUCCCACUGAAGGUGGAAGACAAGGACUGGGAUGGGUCACAAGAAGACCUGCUAAACGGUGAGGGCUUCACCAGCGGGUUGCUGCACUGGCAGGCAGGUGGGGGGGACUCCACUGCCCACAUCCAGACCCACUUUGAGAGAAAGACCAACAGCCUGUGGGGUAGGGAGGAGGAGUUGGAACCAGUAGAGGCCAAUGAGAAGACUUGCCACAACAGGGCACCCUGGUGGCCAUCAGUUUCCUUUGAGUUUGACACCCUGGAGGAUGAACCACGUUGCCGAGACGAUGCCCCUCUCUCUGUUGCUGCCAACUGGCAGGACUCGCUGGCACGGCGGUGCAUCUGCAUCUCCAACGUUAUACGCAGCCUCUCCUUCGUACCUGGCAAUGACACCGAGAUGUCCCGGCAUCCAGGCCUGGUGCUGAUCCUAGGCCGGCUGGUGCUGCUGCACCACGAACACCUUGAAAGGAAAAGGCCUUCUGCAAUUCGCCGCGAUGGAGAAAGGGAUGGCGAAGAGGAGGACCGUGGUCUGGCCUGCAGCAGAGAUGAGUGGCGCUGGGAUUGCCUUGCCACACUGCGGGAGAACACUAUGGUGACCCUGGCAAACAUUGCCGGCCAGCUGGAUCUGUCACUCUACCCAGAAAGCAUCUGUUUGCCUCUCCUGGAUGGCCUCCUGCACUGGAUGGUGUGCCCCUCGGCAGUAUCCCGGGACCCGUUUCCAACGGCUGGGCCUUACUCUGCACUCACCCCACAGCGACUUGUACUGGAGUGCCUGUGCAAGCUGAGUGUUCAGGAUGGCAACGUGGACCUCUUGCUGGCCACGCCACCUAUGAGCCGGCAGCAGCGGCUCUACACAGCUUUGGUGCGUCAUGUGGGUGAGCGCCGCAGCCAGGUGUGCCGCGAGAUGGCGGUGGCUGUUCUGUCCAACUUGGCCCGUGGCGACCCUACAGCAGCCCGGGCUAUAGCCCUGCAGCGGGGCGGCAUAGGCAGCCUGAUGGGAUUUCUGGAGGACGGUGUGGCCGUGGCGCAGUACCAGCACGGCCCCCACGGGCCCCCGCACCCCGAGCCGCCGAGCGUCAGCAUGAUGUGCCGGGCCGCCAAGGCGCUGCUGGCCAUGGCCGAGGUGGAGGAGAACCGGCCCAAGUUUGUGCUGUAUGAGGGCCGGCUGUUGGACAUCACCGUGUCCUCUGUGUUGAGCGCCGCUGUCUCCAGCAUCCUGUGCCAAGUGCUCUUCAAAAUCGGCCGCUUUUGACUGGCACCUUGACGGCCUCUAAGAGCAGAUGUCACAUGCAAUUGCUGGUAUUAUAUUUUUAUUUAAGGGAAAAAAUUAAAUAAAAAUGUUUUGUAUAUGUAUAAAUAAAUAUAUAAAUAUAUAAAAAUAGCUCCCCAGCCCGAUUCACGGUUUAAUUUUGGAAUUUUUGAAAUGAUUUUAAUACAGAUAUUUAAUACUUGCUGUGGUAUGUGUUUUUAAUAUUUUUCCUGUCUUUUUUUUAAUAAUUUGAUUUGAACAAGAGUUGAUAUAUGCUCCUUUUUGUUGUCUCUUAUAUGUAUGUCUCUUGUUUUAUAUAAUUGUUCUGAAUCAGUUUGCUUUCAAUUAAUAAUUUAAAUUGUGAUAAAUAUUGUGGAUGGUUCUUCUGCCACAUUAUUGAGAAGAAAAAUGAUUUUACUCGUAUAAAUAUACCCAUGUUUAAGAAAGGCUUGUGCAAUAGGAAUCACGGCAGGUUGGCAUGGUAACAGGCUGGCUGUCAGUUAAGUGUGUGUUUGUUCCCUCCUACACCAUGCAACACAAAAUCAGUGUUGCAUCUGCCUACCAGUCAAAGAAAAAAAAAUACUCCCUUCUCCACUCCUGGAGCAGUCUCUUUAGUACUUGUAUUACGUUUAUUUUGUAUUCGGCAGUGGGCUGAGAUGUAAAUAGAUCUUGUACAUUGAACAAACGUACCUUUGUUUUAUUCUUUGUAUUUCGUUGUUUUUAGUUACCUGCAUAUCUUUUUUUCCAGGUGAUAUGACUACAAAGUGACAGUAGUUGUUAAUUCUAAAUAUUAUUUGCUGUUACCGUUAAUUUUAUUUAGUCUAUUUCAUUGUUUGGGUUCACAUCCUAAAACAAAGGCAAAGUCGUAUCCUGUGUGUAAGAAGUUGCUGUGCUCUCAGCACGGGUGUGUACCGCUUUGUGAGCCCCAUGUUGGACUUGUUUCAUUCUGGGGAAUAAUGUAUAAGGUUAUAAAAGACAGAAAGACAUCUAUCCUAUCCAUUUCUUUUUAAUUCCCCGCAUGUGAUGCGGAAAAGGAAAGUUAUCCUGGGAUGAUGACAGAAACCAAUUAAAACUGAAUAACAGGACAAAGAAAAUCCUACACCGAUA